AAUUGCAUGUCAUAAUUGUCAUUAUCGCAUGACAGUGCGUAAGAAAAAGGCAGCCAGUUCCACAACGUUAGUCGUUUCUAUCCCGUCAUCGCAGCUAAAUAAUUAGCAAGUCUGCAUCGUUUAUUUUAGUACAGUAAUUUUAUAACAUAAAGAAAGGAAUGGAUCCUGCCAAAGCGUUGGUAUCAAACACGAGACAUGCAUUCCAGACUGGUAUAACGCAGCCAAUAGAAUGGAGGAUUGCGCAGCUGAACCGGCUUAUAGAUUUAUUAAACGAACAGGAAGAUGCAAUUGUUGAUGCCUUGCAACAGGAUCUUAGAAAGCCAAAGUUUGAGACGCUUAUGACGGAGGUGAUUGUGGCAAAAAAUGAAGCAACUUAUGCUAUAAACAAUGUUCAUGCUUGGUCCAAGCCAACUUAUCCAUCUAAAACAUUCCCCCAACUUAUGGACACGGUGUAUAUACAAAAACAGCCACUUGGUGUUGUGUUGUUAAUCGGUGCUUGGAAUUAUCCUAUUCAACUUCUUUUCAAUCAGCUGGUUGCAGUGAUAGUUUCAGGAAAUUGUGGAAUCAUCAAACCAUCGGAGCUUUCUCCUGUUACAGCUGACUUGAUUGCCAAACUUAUUCCACAAUACUUAGAUAAGGAAUGCUUCAAAGUAUAUCUUGGAGGAAUUCCUGAAACAACGCUUUUGCUCCAACAAAAGUUUGACAAGAUAAUAUACACUGGUUCGUCCAUGGUUGGUAAAAUCAUAAUGAAGGCGGCUGCUGAACAUUUGACGCCUGUUUUACUGGAACUUGGUGGAAAAUCCCCUGUUUAUGUUCACAAAGAUUCAAACCUUGAUCUGGUUGCAAAGAGAGUGGCGUGGGGUAAGUACAUGAACUUGGGUCAAACAUGUACAGCACCAGAUUAUGUUCUCUGCCAUGGACAUGUGCUUGAAGAGUUUCUUAAUAAAUUGAAAAGCACGAUUAAAGAAAUGUAUGGAGAGGAUCCACAGAAAUCUCCCGACUUGGCACGAAUUGUAAAUGCAAGAAACUUUCAACGAAUUGAAAAACUUAUUCUUGGGAUGUCUAAGGAAAAGUUGGUUGUAGGGGGAGACAUGAAUGAGAAAACUCGUUAUAUUGCACCUACAGUUUACAAAGAUGUACACAUUGGUGACCCAAUAAUGGAUUCAGAAAUUUUUGGUCCUAUCCUACCAGUGCUUGCAGUUAAUGGGGAGGACGAAGCAAUAGAAAUCAUUAAUGGUAGCGAUAAACCACUUGCCUUCUACAUCUUUGCAAAAUCAGAUAAGGUUGUUCAAAAACUGCUCUCCAACACUUCAAGUGGUGGUGCUACAGUAAAUGAUGUAUUAAUGCACGCAGCUGCGUAUAAUCUACCCUUUGGUGGAGUGGGCAACAGUGGAAUGGGUGCUUACCAUGGAAAGUACAGCUUUGAUGCUCUAACACAUGAGCGCUCAAUAAGCUAUCGUGGUCAGAACUUGGAGUCGCUUGUGGCUGCAAGGUAUCCUCCAUAUACAGAGAAAAAUCUUUCAAUGAUCAGAUGGAUGACCACUGAUAAAAGAGGAAGAAUGUGCAGCAUUUUGUAAAAUAUUUUGAGGUAUUUCUUAUAAAUCCUGUUCUUCAACUAUAAAACGGCCCACUGUAAUUCUAACAGUCUUAAGACCUUAUUCUUACACUGGUGAUGCUUGAUCCUUACCUUAUUCCGCUAAUGGCUUUAAAUAUAUCAUAAUUUUGAUAAGAGGCAAUGUAAUCUGGUUGUAAAGUAAUUAUGAUCUGGUGUUAAGUAAAUGGAGUUAAAAUUUCCGAUUUGUGUACAAAUCACCUACAUGCCGUAACAUAUUUAAUUUGUUUGUAUCAUAUGUUGGAAUUUUGUGUUGGUGAAAAAGUAGCAGUGAAGUUUGUUUAACCGUCCUUGUAUUUAGUUUCUUUCUUUAAAUUUUAAGACGAUUAUAAAUGUUGUGUGAAAAUUCCGAAUACAUAAAGAAUGAAUAAAUCCAAUACUUG